UACUGUUUCCCGAAUUACUUUUCUUAAGUACCCUUCUUCCACUUAGCCAUCUUGGCCACAACUUAGUCUGUUAUUCUUCCUCUUUUCCCAAACGGCAUUUUCUACAUCGUCGGCCUUCGCAGCUGGACUUCGACUCGGACAGACUUCAUUCUCUUAUUACCUAGUCCAGCCAAUCCUCUCUACUUCUGUCAUACCUCCGAGUCGCAUUACUCUCCUACACUUCAUAAGUCAAGCUAGUCGGUCGACGAUAUUGCCAAUUCUUUCAUCCUUCAUUGGGAUUACGUAGUUCUGGCAAAAUGUCCUUCUCCAAUCUCGUUCAUGAUCUCGCCAUUCGCGAUGGAAUAACGCCACGUCAACCUCGGGCCACCGCUUCAGCCUCUACUAUCGACGACCGAGCUUCCCAUAUCUCGAGGGCUAUGUCCUACACGAGUACGGCAGCCACCAGCGUGAGCAUUGCCGGCGAUAUUUCUAGUCAACUUCAUGGCGGUUACCACCAUCCUCUUGCUAGAUCAUGGCAAGCUGAACGACAAUUGACUAAGUCAAUGUUGAUCUACCCUCUCUUCAUUUCAGACAUCGAGGACGACGAAACUCUUAUCCCUUCUUUACCGGGCCAAUGCCGCCGCGGUGUCAACAAAUUAAUCCCAUUUCUAGAACCAUUGGUACGAAAAGGUCUCCGGUCGGUCAUCCUUUUCGGGGUCCCACUCAAACCUGGUUCCAAAGAUGCAUUGGCGACUGCUGCCGACGAUCCAAAGGGCCCGGUCAUCCAGGGUAUCCGAUUGUUACGACAACGAUUUCCUCACCUAUUUAUCGUUGUUGAUGUCUGCCUCUGCGAGUACACCUCCCAUGGUCAUUGUGGAAUCCUGAGAGACGACGCCACCUUGAACAAUCAAUUGUCGGUGGAUCGAAUUUCCGACGUUGCCAUUGCCUACGCCCAAGCCGGUGCCCACUGCGUAGCACCAUCCGAUAUGAAUGAUGGCCGUAUUCGGGCUAUUAAACUUAAGCUCAUCGAGGAGGGAAUUGCGCAUAAGACUCUAUUAAUGUCAUACGCCGCCAAAUUCUCCGGUUGUCUCUACGGUCCCUUCAGGGAUGCCGCUGGUUCGGCACCUUCAUUUGGCGACCGAAGAUGUUACCAGCUGCCACCUGGAGGGCGUGGGCUUGCCCGACGAGCCAUAGUCAGAGACAUUGGCGAGGGAGCCGACAUUAUCAUGGUGAAGCCGGCCGCCCAGUACCUUGACAUUAUUAGUGACGCGAAGGAGCUAGGCAGGGAUCUUCCUAUCGCUGCCUACCACGUUAGUGGAGAGUUCGCGAUGGUGCACGCCGCUGCGAAGGCCGGAGUAUUCGAUCUUAAGACGAUGGCGUUCGAAGUCACCGAGGGGAUACUCCGAGCUGGCGCUACGAUCAUCAUCAGCUACUUCACUCCUGAAUUCCUCGACUGGUUAGAUAAUUAAGCCACUUCCUAAUAGACGAGUGGACGAGAGGACCAUCACGUGUUUAUUGCUGGAGUUAAAUGGCGUUUACAGAAGCAUAGGUU